UCAUUUUUACCAUCCUCACGAAUUUUGUAACCCCUCCGGCUUCUCCUGCCAGAGUGUCAUCCUCAUUCGUCUCUCUCUCCAAUCACCAUUUCUAGGCUGCUAGGGAUCAAUGGCCCGUUUUGCUAGCAAAAAUGCAUCCAGGAAGUAUAUGGUUUUGUUGUUCUUGAUCGCUCUUUUUGCGAUCGUUUUACUCGCGGAUUUCCUUUGGGCUGCUUCUUCAUCCUCUGCCUCAUCGCCUUACUGGUCUACAAACUUGGAUUUUUCUUUGCAGACUAACGCUGGUGCAGCUGCUGCAAACAAUAACGAGCAGGGUAAGAAGAUUAGUCGGGCUGUGAAAGACGAACAUCUGAAAGACCUCAAUGCAACUUUUGCUGAUUUACCUGCACCACAAUUAGAAUGGGAGGAGAUGGCUGAGGCACCAGUACCCCGCUUAGAUGGGGCUGCUAUACAGAUUAAAAAUAUCUUGUAUGUUUUCGCUGGAUAUGGCACCAUUAAUUAUGUACACUCUCAUGUGGAUAUCUAUAAUUUUACUGACAAUUCAUGGAUUGGAAAGUUUGACAUGCCAAAAGAAAUGGCACAUUCACAUUUAGGGAUGACAACAGAUGGAAGACACAUCUAUAUAGUUACUGGACAAUAUGGACCACAAUGUAGGGGGCCUACCUCUCGCAACUUCGUGCUUGAUACUGAAACAAAAAAAUGGCAUGAUUUACCUCCUUUACCUUUUCCUAGAUAUGCGCCAGCUACCCAGCUUUGGAGAGGCAGGCUUCAUGUUAUGGGUGGCAGCAAGGAGGAUCGCCAUGAUCCUGCAUUGGAACAUUGGAGUCUUGCAGUGAAGGAUGGGGAAGCCCUGGAAAAAGAAUGGCGUACUGAGAUACCAAUACCUCGUGGUGGUCCCCAUAGACAUCAUUUCGCCGGUUAAUUGGUCGACUGGCGUUUUGACGUAGUUUGUGCUGGUUUGAUGUGAAACCAGUUAUAGGAGUUUACCGGACCGGCUGGUUCUCGAGAUUAAACUGGUCGGUUUCGUGCACUUU